UUUUUUUAUUUUAUUUAUUUUAUUAUUUUUUGUCUCUUUCUUCUUGAUUUGGAGUGUUAGGCUGGUGUGGAAUCUUUUAACUUCAAAGAUUCCACAUCGAAAAGGCAGGACUUUCUCCCCUUCCGGGUGUGGAGGAGGAGGGAGUAAGCUGAAGAAGCUUCACAUCUCACAAUUUCAUGCAGAUUCGAUAGCCAGCUAGAUAGAUAGAUGGAUACAUUCUGAAGCUGUAGUUACCUUACCGCCAAUGGUCAAGCAGAACAAAAUAUAACGGAGUUAACAAUUAUGAAAUGGAAUAAUAGAUUCUCAAACUCAAGAAAUAACUAACUAGUUCUGGGUGAGCACAUAUUAUAUUAUUAUUACAUCCAUCCAAUUUCCAAUUCCCUGGAUAGGGCUGCUAGGGGCUGAGUUGUUUAUUUAUGAUCAUUACCGUUGUUCUUGCGCCGACCGAUCCACCCGCCGCAACCCCACGCCCACCAGCAUCCACGGGUCCGCGGUCAGAGCGUGUGUCAACAACUUUCUUUUUCUCCCCCGUCACAUCUCCGAGACCAUUCUUCUUCUUCUUUGCUAUUUCUCCUCCUCCUCCUCCUCCUCCUCCUCCUCCGCCGCCCUCAUCCUCUUCCUCUCCACUCUCCACUCUCCUCUCUCCUCUCUCCUUCCACAAAGCCCUCCGCAGGUUGUCUCUCUCGUUCGCCAUGCCGCUCUGGGGAGGUGACUGAUUGGGCUGAGUGACGUUAAGACCCUCCGUCCUCGAUCUCGAUCUCGAUAUCCGGUGCUUUGUCCAAAACAUUUGGAACAAUUCUCCGUGGUAUAAAUUAACUACGAUAGUCAACUGCUUUUUAUCCCAUCCCGUAGUCGAUCGACAACUGUGAGUCUGGACUUGGUGGUUUCUUGAGCGCAUUUUAGGGUGAUCCCAUGUACAGCAAAUACAGAUAAUCUACCGUGUCAACUUUCCACAUCGGGUAAUCAGUGCUUAAUAAGAGGAAAGAGAAGAAACAGAAGAAAAGAAAGAAAAGAAGGGAAAGAAGGAAACUCCACUACUAUGCAUAUACUCCCGUCCUCCCUCGCGGAGGUGGUGAUGCCGCUGCUGUGGAUAUGCGCAUUCACUCUCCUCUCCAUGCCUGCGCAGGCGCAGGUAUCCCGCCCUACCAACGACUCGGUAGACACGUUCCUCCCUAUCACCAAAUAUGAACUACUUACCAUGCAGUUGACGCUGGGCCCGAUUGGGCUGUUGCCACUUAGCACCGCCCUAAGGAGGUUGUUCCGGAGUCUCAUUGAAUCGCGUUUCAACAUCACUGGAACAUUAGUGAUCAUAGAUGCCAAUAACGCCACCAGGCUUAAUGGGAGUGAUAUCGCUCUAGUCAGCUGCGAUGCGUCCGUCUCUUCUGGAGAAUCCGACGUCGAUGACGCCCUACGGUUAGCCAUCACUGGGGCCUUCACUCCCAACGCGAUCAUCCUCUACAGCACCGAGUCUUCACAUUGCAGCUACUCCCCUGGGGCCCUUAACUGGCCCCCAUUCAUGAAUAUUUUCACCAUCACCAGUUCCCUAGCUGCAAGUGAGUUAACAACGGCCUUGCUCUCCGGGGGGAGGGCCUUCGGGGAAUCAAUUAUAAUUCCAAGUAUGGAUAUGGGUUCAUCGAGGCCUGGAAGUGGAGGUCAGCGAAACAACGUAGCCAUGAUAAUCCUGUAUAGCAUUACGGGGAUCAUAACCGCGUUGUUCCUUACCGUCAUCAUCACCGGAGCUGUUCGAGCCCAUCUUAACCCCGAUCGAUAUGGUCCGCGCAACACCGCUGGUAGACCUCGCCAGAGCCGUGCCAAGGGAAUUGCACGAGCCAUGCUUGAGACACUACCCAUUGUCAAGUUUGGCGACCCCGAGGACGAAAGAGCUCCGACCGCGAAGCAGGACCUUGAGCUAGCGUCCAACUAUCCAGAUGGUGAACAUGAUCACCGGAGAAGUGACGCACGCACCGACGGCGUCACAACCCCUAAAACUCGGCAAGUAGACCAACACCAGCAACAACUGCAACCAGUGGCACCACAACAAGAACGAACAGCGACAUCGGCCACGGUGGCGUCAACAUCCCAUGUGGUUGCAAAUACAGUAAAAGAGCAAGAUGAGGGAGUCAUUGGCCCUGCUUCACCAGAGCUGAAUCCUGUCAAUCAGGAUCAGUUGGCAGAUUCUGGUACGCUAGGUUGCCCCAUCUGCACAGAUGACUUUGUGAAGGGUCAAGACGUGAGGCUUCUGCCGUGCCAGCACAAAUUCCACCCGGAAUGCGUUGACCCUUGGUUAAUAAAUGUAUCCGGGACCUGUCCUCUCUGCCGCAUAAACCUCAACCCUGAAGAAGCCGAACCCGAACCCGAUGUCGCCGCAACUCCAACCUCCACACCAUCCCGAGCGACUACGCCGACACCCCCAUCAACGCUAGCCCGGCACUCCGGCCAUUCCCACCACCACUCCCGCACCCCCUACGCCCGCCGCUACCGCAGGGUAUCAACUUACUUCGUCCCCGCCUCUACUCGCGGCAUGAUAUUAGACACAGGUACCGAAAACGAUAGUGCGGAACAGGAACACCAACGCCAACGCCGCCUCUAUACGCUCCGGCACAUGCGCGGCAGUAGUGAACAACACCGCACGAACGACGGUAACAACAACGUGACGGCGACGGGGGCUAUUACCGAGGCGUCGUCGUCACCAGCAGUAGCCGAAGGAAGUGGCCAGGGGCAGAUGGAUGAGGCGUCGAGGCGGAAUCGGUUAUCGACGUGGCUGAGGGAGCGGUUCCGGGUGCGGACGAGGAGGCAUGGGGAGAGUGAUGGUGACGAUGAUGGCGGUGGUGGUGCUGGUGGUGCUGGUGCUGGUGCUGGUGCUGGUGCUGGUGGUAUUGCUAAACCCGGUACUAGUACGCAAACUGAUACCGACGCCACUGCCACUGCCAGCGCCAGCGCCAGUGCCAGCGCCAGUGCCAGUCGGAGCCCCGCUGCCAAUCCAAGCGGUGAUACAGACACGGCUGCAGAUAUUUCCAUCCCUACUACUUCCACACCCACUACGCCUAUCCAACAACCAACGACGAGUGCAGCACCUACCUAGCUCAGUGGAUGAUCGAUAUAUUAUAUCGUGUCUGUGAAUCAUAACAUCCUCGUCCUUCAUCUUCAGCUCCCUAAUGCCUUCCUCUACCACAGUUGCCUUUUUUCCCUCGGAUAUAUCUGAUGAUAUGGUAUUAUACAUAAGAAAAGCAGUCCAUGUACAUACGCCCACACAUCCACACACAAAAGCAUCACCAACGAACAAACCGCCAACCAACAAGAAUAUCCCACCUCUUACCUUGACUGCACCUCCAACUCUCCCCCCCCAACCCCCCAGCCACCAUUUUUAUGAACGAUCGUCACGCGGAACCCCUUCUUCCCUAUCUCCUGCCUUCCCCCCCUUUUUGACCAAAUGUCAGUUGUUAUUGCCUUUAUAUCUGUUAUAAUCCGCCGAGAGGAUAUGUCACGAAUGCACGAAUGGACGAAUUGUGAUGAGAAUGGAUGGAUGGGGGGCCGGGGGGUUAAGUUGCUUAUUUGGAUUGAAUAUUGAAUACAUUAGCGUAACUAACAUUCUUGAAGCCAGCGUGGGAAUUUAUUUAUUCAUUUACUUUUUAUAUGAUUAAUUAUUAUUAGUACUAUCAUAUUUACCUACAUUCCAUGGGGUUUUUCUUUUCUUUUAUUCUCCCUUUUCUUUCCCUGCCCCACUUUUUUUCUUUUCUCUUUCUUUUCUCUUUCUUUUUUUUCUUUUUUUUUUCUUUUUUUUCUUUUCUCAAUUUGUUUUUUUUUGGUUUUUUUUCUUAUUUGUUCUUUUCAGCCUAUUUUUUUUUAUCUUUUAAUGUUGACUACUAGAGAUUCUGCUAUUAUCACAAUUAGUAAGUGUAUAUUUAUGAGAUUAUAUAUAUUUCUAUUCUUAUAUAUAUAUAUAUAUAACUUGAGUAUUUGUCAAGAGGCUUAUCUUACAAUUGAAAGCAAUUUGAAUAUCUGUUUCUUUAUUUAAUUCUUUCUUCAGUUAUUGAUAUGCUGAUCUACAUUGUUCACUGUAUAUAUCUCCCAACACUAUCCUCCUGGGUAAGAAAAAAGGAAAAACGACUUUCGGCCAAGCUCCCUUCUUUUCCGGGGGAUUACAUCUUUACAAAUUCUUCACUUCCCCUAUUGUUGAUUGGUGCUCUUCCAUGAUUGAGAUUCUAAAAAGAAGAAGAAAAAAAAAUAGAAAAAAAAUAAAUUUUAGUAAUUCAUGAACUUGAAAAAGUCCGCGCUGGAUCUCAGGGCAAGGAGAACGGGUGGUUCAUCCCAGGAUUUCUUUUUGUUGGCUGGGUAUGUUUUGCCCAUUUUUGCCUCUAC